AUGCCCUUUGACGAGAAUGAAUUCGGUACCGAGAAGAGCUUUGGGAGGAAUUCCCAAGGCUCCGAGUACUAUGCUGAGGCCUCUUCGCACCGAGAUGGCAUUGGUAGAAGGGUUAUGGAGAGUUUCAAGCGAGAUCAAAAUCAGUCCAUGAUGCCCAAGGGAGCCCUGGGAGCGGAUGGCAAAGUAUUCGAUGUCGAGAGCGCUGCCCAGAAUACGGCGAACUCACCACUCGCGCGCAGGCUCAAGGGUAGGCAUUUGCAGAUGAUUGCCAUCGGAGGUUCCAUAGGUACUGGUCUCUUCGUCGGAUCGGGCAAUGCACUAGCCAACGGUGGCCCUGCAAGUCUCUUGAUAGCCUACUCGUUGGUUGGUAUCAUGAUGUACUGCACUGUCCACGCUCUGGGCGAAAUGGCUGUGAUAUUCCCCGUUGCAGGUUCCUUUUCGGCGUAUUCCACUCGCUUUCUCGACCCAGCUUGGGGGUUCGCGAUGGGUUGGAAUUAUGCUUUACAGUGGCUCGUCGUACUACCUCUCGAGAUUGUCGCUGCGACUUACACCAUUGAAUACUGGAAUCACGGACACGUCAGCAACAAUGCCUUCGUGGCGCUCUUCUUAGUUCUGAUUGUUAUCAUCAAUCUGUUCGGUGUCAAAGGUUACGGCGAGGCCGAAUUCGUCUUCGCCAUAAUUAAGGUGACCGCCGUGAUAGGCUUUAUUAUCCUUGGAGUCAUUCUCAAUGUUGGCGGCGGCCCCGAGGGUGGCUACAUUGGUGGCAAGUUUUGGCGCGACCCAGGUUCCUUCAACAACGGCUUCAAGGGCCUAUGUAGUGUUUUCGUCAAUGCUGCUUUCGCCUUCUCUGGAACAGAGCUGGUUGGGCUUGCUGCUGCCGAAACCGCCAACCCUCGGAAGUCGCUCCCCACUGCCGUGAAACAGGUCUUCUGGCGAAUUACACUCUUCUAUAUUGUGUCCUUGACACUGGUCGGCCUGCUCGUACCCUACAACGAUGAUCGUCUCCUGAAUGGCGAGAAUGAUGCCGAUAUUGUCGCCUCUCCAUUCGUCAUCGCCAUUUCCAACGCAGGAAUCGAAGGUUUACCCUCCGUGUUCAACGCCGUCAUCAUGAUCGCUGUUCUCUCAGUUGGCAAUUCUGCGGUCUAUGGCUCCAGCCGUACGCUCGCUGCUCUAGCAGAACAACACCAGGCACCACCAAUCUUGGCCUAUAUCGAUAGACAAGGUCGUCCGCUCGUGGCCAUUGGUGUUGCCGCAGCCCUCGGUCUGCUGGCUUUUCUCGCUGGCGACCCUGAUAAACAGAAGGAUGCCUUUGACUGGCUUCUAGCUUUAUCAUCACUCUCCGCCGUCUUUACCUGGGCAUCCAUCUGCUUGGCUCACAUCCGAUUUCGCAAAGGCUGGAACGUCCAAGGCCAUACUCUUGAUGAACUCGCGUUCCGCUCACAACCUGGCGUCAUCGGCUCCUGGAUCGGCUUCAUCUUCAACAUGCUGGUCCUUGUUGCCCAGUUCUGGGUGUCUAUUCUGCCCAUCGAUUAUGAGUCUCUAACAACGCGCCAGCUCGUUUCAGGAUUCUUCACCAAUUACCUUGCCCUGCCAGUCACUAUGGCAUUCUAUAUCCCAUACAAGAUCUGGUUCCGCACACCUAUUAUACGGUCGUACAAUAUGGACCUCCACACCGGUAUUCGCGAACUCAACAUCGAAGAACUAAUCGAAGAGGAGCGCGAAGAACGAAAGCAGUGGCCCAAAUGGAAGAAAGUCUAUAAAUUCUUCUGUUGA